UUAAUAUUAAUAAAUAAAUAAAAUAAAUUAUAAUUGUGAACAAAUAUAACCAAUAAUUAGUUUGUGAUGUAAAAAAAAAAGUUUUUCAUUUAAUGUUCAAUACGUGUUCAUCUACAAAUUUAUAUUAUUUUUUAAAAUUUUUUAAUUUAAAACAAAAUGGUGAAGGAGGUUGAAGAUACUCGGGAAUCUACAUCAGACUCACAUUCCCGUAUUACACCUGAUAAAGGGUCUAGUACAACAGUAUUAAACCAAAAUGAGUCCUCACUUUUAACAAAUCAAUCAACAUAUUUUGCUGACGAAAAAAUUCAAAUACCUGAAACUGAAACUACAGGUUUUUCAUUUAGAAAAUUAUGGGCAUUUACUGGUCCAGGAUUUUUAAUGUCAAUUGCAUACUUAGAUCCAGGAAAUAUUGAAAGUGAUCUUAAAAGUGGUACCGUUGCUCAAUAUAAAUUAUUAUGGAUUUUAUUAUCAGCAACAAUUUUGGGUUUAUUAAUGCAAAGGUUAUCCGCCCGAUUAGGUGUAGUAUCUGGUUAUCAUUUAGCUGAAUUAUGUUAUAGACAAUAUCGAUUAAUUCCGCGAUUAAUUUUAUGGAUAAUGAUUGAAAUUGCAAUUAUUGGAUCUGAUAUGCAAGAAGUUAUUGGCACUGCCAUUGCCAUAUAUUUACUUAGCAAUAAAAGGAUAGAUUUGUGGAUCGGCGUCCUAAUCACAGUUUGUGAUACAUUUACUUUUCUAUUCCUCGAUAAGUAUGGUUUAAGAAAACUAGAAUUAUUCUUUGGAUUUCUAAUAAUGGUUAUGGCAUUAGCCUUCGGUUACGAAUAUGUUGAAUCCGCCCCUCCACAGUUACAAGUUUUAAAAGGUAUGUUCCUACCAUGGUGUAAAGAUUGUGAUUCGAAUGCGUUACUUCAAGCGGUAGGAAUUAUUGGAGCUGUAAUUAUGCCACAUAACUUAUAUUUACACUCAGCUUUAGUCAAGUCUCGUGAAGUUGAUCGACAAAAACCAGAAAAAGUGAAAGAAGCCAAUUUGUACUUUUUCGUUGAAGCUGCCAUUGCGUUGUUUGUCAGUUUUAUUAUAAACGUGUUUGUAGUGUCAGUAUUUGCGCAUGGAUUGUAUGGUAAAACUAAUAUUGAAGUUAUUGAAAGUUGCAAGGCGUAUGAUAUUGAUUCCAGCAUUUUCCCAAAUAAUACUGAAACUGUGGAUGCAAAUUUAUACAGUGCGGGUAUAUUUUUAGGAUGUAGUUUUGGAGGAGCUGCACUUUAUAUAUGGGCUGUUGGAAUUUUAGCAGCUGGUCAAAGUUCAACAAUGACAGGUACUUACGCCGGACAAUUUUCAAUGGAGGGCUUCCUUAAUUUACAAUGGGCAAGAUGGAAGCGAGUAUUAUUUACUCGAGUCAUAGCGAUUGUGCCAACAUUUUUUAUGGCUUUUUAUAAUAAUUUAGAACAAUUAACAAGUAUGAAUGAUAUUUUAAAUGCUGUUAUGGUGUUACAGUUACCAUUUGCAACGAUUCCGUUAAUUGCAUUUACAUCAAAUCGACAAAUUAUGGGGGAAUUUGUAAAUGGAUUAGCGAAUCGAAUAAUUUCAGUGGCCUUAAGUUUAGUAGUAAUAGGAAUAAACACAUAUUUUGUAUUAAGCAAUAUUUUACAAGGAGAAGACAGUAUCGAAUGGUAUUGGAUGGUACCAGCGUUUGUUUUUGGAUUUUUAUAUCUAUUAUUUUGUAUUUAUUUAGCAAUACAUAUGGCUGCGUCUAUGGGUAAUCAACGAUUGAUACAAUCAGAGAUCGUUGGAAAAUAUGUAUUGGGUCCCGUAGACGCAAGGUUUGCAUGUGACAAUCCUAUAACCUACUCAAGCACAAUGGAAAAUCCCAUGUACAAAUUACAUGACGCAUCGAGUUCUGUGAACAUUGUUGAAAAAUUUUGAAUAUUUUUUUUGUAGUUUUUUAGAUUUAAAUUCUCAAAUUUAUAUUGUUGAUAUUUCUAUGAAAAUAUGAAACAAUUUUACCAUGAAGGUUUUACUCUUCCAUCUCGUGGCAAAAUGAUUUACUAAAAAUAACAAGCAAUUCUAUGAAAAGAUGAAUUCUGUUACAUUUUCUAUAACGGAAAAGUUUUAUUUAGUCUUGUAUUUGUUUCCAAGUUUAUCACAGUUUUUUGUUUGUUUUUUAUAUUGUUUGUAUAGAUUUAAUCGAUGAAAUCUUGGAUUGAACAACUUUGUUUCAGGAAUUGAUUCAUUUGAUAAAAUCCAAUUCAAUGAACAGCUCAUUGACUCCUUUAAUAAUUCUUCACUUAAAAGGAAUCAAAAGUAUGAUCAUUUUAAUGAUUUAAAUCAAAUGAAUAAAUUUUUGAAUCAUAAUGAUUUAGCUCAGUACUAGAUUUAAGUACUAAGUACUUAUUUUCAAAAGAACUUAAGUAUAGAAAA